AGCCAACGUCACUCGAUCCACCCGAACAAACCCAUCCCUGGAUCUGCUAGCAAUUGAUCUUUUUCCCUCGUUUGAUAGCCGGCUGCUUAAUACGCGAUGAUACCCUGAAGAUGUCUGCGCGAUUGUUCUCGAAUUACGUCCUACCGUGGACCUGCCGGUCAUGUCUGCGAAGGACGGCGCUGAUGUCGGCAUCCCGGCCUUUAAGGCGCCUGAACCACAUCAACGCGCAGAAGCCUAAGAAUGGAAGUAAUAGGAGGAGAAGAAUACUACUGGCAAGCGCGACAGGUGGCGGAGUGGUUGCGACGGCCGUGGCGUUCAAUGAUGAGGCGAAGUACGUCUUCAAUGCUGCGCAGCGGUCGGGCAGAGUAGUCACAACACUCUUCAUCUGCAUUAACGACUAUCGCGUGACGUUGAGACACGAUCAUAAAAACGAAGAGGACUACCAAGCGCUCCUCAAAGCAUGCCACAAACGCUGCGCCGAACGCACCUUGGUCGCCAUGGAGAAGAAUGGGUCAAUAUUCAUCAAGCUGGGGCAGCAUCUGAGCAGCUUGAAUUACUUACUCCCAAACGAGUGGUGUGACACGUUCAUUCCAUUGCAGGACAAAUGCCCCGUCUCGUCGUAUGAAAGCAUAGAAGAGAUGGUCUACAAGGACACGGGACGACAGAUCUCCGAGUACUUCUCCGAGUUUGAAAAGCAGCCCAUCGGCGCCGCGUCGCUGGCACAGGUGCACAGGGCUACGGUCAGAGAAACCGGCGAGCGCGUCGCCGUGAAGGUACAGCACCCUAGCUUGGACGAAUGGGCACCGCUCGAUCUGAAAUUGACACACUUCACAUUCACCACGCUAAAGAAAUGGUUUCCAGACUACGACCUGACCUGGCUCAGUGAAGAGAUGGAGGUUUCCCUGCCUCAAGAGCUGGACUUCAGGCUCGAGGGCGAAAAUGCGAGACGAGCAAAGGAGUACUUUAGCCACGUCAAGGACGUGCCUCUAAUAAUACCCAACGUGACGUGGGCGGACAGGCGGAUCCUGGUCAUGGAGUACGUGACGGGUCACAGGCCUGACGAUCUGGCUUAUUUGGACGAGAAUAAGAUCGAUCGGGAUGAGGUCUCUGCUGCGCUAGCGAGGAUAUUCAACGAGAUGAUCUUCGGAUCCGGCGCGCCGCUUCACUGCGAUCCCCACGGCGGAAACAUUGCGAUACGGCAUAAUCCCAAUCGAUGGGGCAAAGCGAACUUUGACAUCAUCCUCUACGACCAUGGCCUGUACAGGACAAUUCCGAUGGACUUGCGGCGAUCGUACGCGAAGCUUUGGCUGGCGGUGCUGGAGGGGAACGAGAAGAACAUGAGGACAUAUGCAAAGGAAGUUGCAGGCAUCGACGACGACAUGUUCCCUAUCUUUGCGUCUGCAAUCACCGGUCGCGAGUUCAGCGCCGUCAAGGCCGGGAUCGCCAACCAGGCGAGAACGGCGGCCGAGAAGGAGAACAUCGCCGACGCACUGAGCGACGGCAUGCUCGCGCAGAUUGUACAGUUGCUGGGCAGGGUGCCGAGGGUGCUACUUCUUAUCUUGAAGACGAAUGAUCUCACUCGAUCUCUCGACGAGAAUCUUCAAACGCGCCAGGGCCCUGCGCGCACCUUCCUCAUCCUCGCCAAAUACGCAUCCCGAGCCGUCCUCGAAGAGCAACUCGAGAAGAUCAAGGGCUUCUCGCCGCGCAGCGCCUUCGCAUUUCUAAGAGCUUGGAUUGACUAUCUGCGCAUUGGGCUGCGCUUGAGGGUGUACGAGCUGUACCUUGAUUCCAGGAGGCUGCUGGGCAUGCAGCCGCUCACCAUCUAGACGUGGACGCUGACUGCUUUUGGUAUGAGAUUGGGGGGGAAGAGGAUGGAGGGAUCUGCUUGUUUGUGUGCAUAGCGAUGGCGUUAAAUCAUUCCGCUGGCUUUGCAAUGCGUGGAGAACAUAGACGUAGAAUUGUACAAGUACACAUGGUCGAGUUUGAUCUUUCGGCUGCAUUUCACGUCAGGCACCAUUCGACACGCGAACGUGAAAUGCCUGCUCUCGCAGUGUCGCUUGCCAUACUUUUAUUUUUUUGGGGCAGAGGAAUGGAGGGGAGAUAUCCUAAUCGGUGACAAUUUUCAGAUCGUGCCGCUGC